AUGGAUUCGCCGUCCAGCUGCGUGGUGGUGACCGGUUUUGGGCCUUUCCGGCAGCACCUGGUGAAUUCCAGCUGGGAAGCAGUAAAGGAACUGUCCAAGCUGGGCCUGGGGAGUGACAUGGAGGUGGAGCUUCAGAUUCUUCAGCUGCCAGUGGAUUACAGGGAAGUGAAGCAGAGGGUCACCAGAAUCUGGGAAGAUCUUCAACCGCAACUCGUUGUGCACGUGGGCGUAGACCCCGCCGCCAAGGCCAUCUUUCUGGAACAGCGCGGCAAGAACCGGGGUUACCGCGAUGCGGACAUCCGGGGCUUCCGGCCGGAGCACGGCGUGUGCCUUCCGGAUGGCCCGGAAGUGAUCGCUUCAGGGGUCAGCAUGAGGGCGGUCUGCAGGCGCGUGGCCGUCGAGGGCGUGGAGGUGGCCUUUUCUGGAGAUGCGGGCAGGUAUGUCUGUGAUUACACCUACUACCUGUCUUUACACCGUGGAAAUGGGUGCGCGGCGCUCAUCCAUGUCCCUCCACUGUCUCCUUGGCUCCCGGCCAGCCUGCUGGGAAAGGCUCUGCAAGUGAUCAUCCAGGGAAUGCUGGAGGAGACUGAGAAAGCCCGGGCUCAAAGCCUGAUGCCCAGGAAACUCAGCCUUUGCGAUUCCAGCCAGGGGAAACCAACUGGGGGACUUCUCCUUUAG